GUCUGCACUUCCUUUACUCUUCAGUUUCGUUUCUGUCGCGGCAGACUUCAGGAGCUCCAGCCUGCCUCACCCUCAGACCAGGAGUUACUGCAGAGGAGACUGAACACUGACUGAGGACCAUGGCUGUGACAAGGAACCGAGCGGUCAGCUUUCUGGUGGCCACCUUUCUUCUGGCUGCAGCACUCACUUUAGCUCAGGAAAAUAAGCGUCCUGUUGCCACUAUCGUGCCCCCUGGUAAAUUUGAUAAGCCUAUUACAACCCCCCAUGCAACAACCCACGCCCCCACUAAUACAACAACCACCCAUGCAACAACCACCACUAAUACAACAACCCCCGCCCACACUAAUACAACAACCACCCACACAACAACCACCACUAAUACAACAACCCACGCCCCCACUAAUACAACAACCACCCACACAACAACCACCACUAAUACAACAACCCACGCCCCCACUAAUACAACAACCACCCACACAACAACCACCACUAAUACAACAACCCACGCCCCCACUAAUACAACAACCACCCACGCAACAACCACUCCUCUACCUGGACCGACAAAGUCAACCACUCUCACCCUGGGCAACUACAACAUUAGUGAAGGAUCCCUCCUGUGCAUUGUGCUCAAGGCUGCAAUUCAGAUCCACGUGAACAACUCUAAGGGGAAUGGCACUUUUAUCGUUCAGCCAAGUAUGACUACAUCCUACGGGCAGUGUCAAAAUGACAAAACUGGCAAACUGGGACUUUCUUUCAAUGAGGGAGUCAUCGUCUUAAAUUUCGUGAAGAAUGAGACCACAAAGACUGUCUAUGCUAACUCUGUGGCUGUCAACUUGACCUACGCCUUCACUUCUGGAGUCAGGACCACUAUUAGUAACGUGAAUGGAUCAACGCAGGUUUUCACUAUGAGUGCGAGUCACUCCUACUCCUGCAAGUCGGAGAUGGUGUAUAUGGGUAAUGGCGUCAAUCUGGAGUUCAGCCAGGAGAGGCUGCAGGCAUUCGACUUUGGCAAAGAUGGACAGUUCGGCCCAAUUGACCUGUGCAAGGCUGACCAGCCGAACUACAGCGUGGCCAUUGCUGUAGGCAUAGUCCUAAUCGUCCUCAUCGUCAUCGUGGUCAUCGCUUACAUCAUCAGCAGGAGAAAGAGAACAGAUGGGUACCAGACUCUCUGAAACGCUCCACCAGUUCACAAAGGCAUACACCUCUGUCUUUAGUGCCAUUUAAAACAAGCAAUUUUACAUUUACAUGUGUUUAUGAAUUUGAACUCCAGAACAGGAUAGAAAAGGGAUUUUUUUUUUUUUGUUUGGUAAAACCUGAUCUGUGAAAACUGACGACCUUUAAUUCAGGCACCAAACACUGCUGCUUUUAUGGCAGAUACAGUUUGUACUUAACUUAAAAUUGUGCAAUCAUGUUAUGUGGUACAAAGCGUAGAUUGUAAUGCAAAAAGUGCUUUCAGUUCUCCUGUGGCAAAUCACAAAGGGAUUUUUUUGUGCUUUCUUUGCUUAAGUGUUUUUAUGCCUUUGUAGGUUUUAUGGCACUGUUUUGUUUUUCAUUAGCAGUGUUGUCUGAAUUCCCCCUUUAUGACUAGGCCCAGUAUAAUUUAACAGAAUAAUUUGGUAAUGAAGCUAAAAUUCCAAUGAGGAAUAGCCUACUGCUUUACUGACAGCUUAAAAAUAUAAUCUCUUUUUGAUUUUCAGCUUUUUAAGUUUGGCAGAAUGUGACAGUUGUUCUUUAUAUUUGGAUAAAAAAAUACAUGAUGAAAAGGCCAAUUGGAGUGCUCCCAAAGUAUAUAUAUUUAUUGUAUAUAAUUGUAAAAAAUCACUUAUAAUCUAUAAUCAACUGCACUAUAUAUUUGAAUACCUACACAUAAAAUAUAGUAUUUUAGAUUAUAUGAAACAUUUUAUUUUCAUCCAUAUCCAAAUUGUUAACGGUGUUAAUGUUUUUGGCACUCAAAUAGUGUUUUGCAGAAAGAUGCUUUUUGAAUUUAUUUUACAUGUAAACAAAGCAAAAGUGAUUUAAUGUACAUUUUAGUGUAAGAAGGGUUGUGAAAUGUUUCUUUAUAAAAACUUGAAUUGGUAUAAGAGCUUUAUAUUAUAUAAAGACUCUUUAAAGUGUCAACAGUCUACUUUUUACACAGUGUGUAGACAGUUUUGAUGCAGUAAAAAUCUGGACUGGCUGGGAUUCCUUUGAGAACCAUUAGUUUAGGGAAUCCAGUAUUAUCACUCCACAGAGACAUUUUAGAACCUUUAUUUUAAGAGUGUAAUUCAUAGACAUACAGAUAUACAGUCAUUUGGGUGGAGGGUUUUUUUUUUUUUUUCUUUAAGACUGUUUCUUUAGUCAGUUGAGCAUUUUACAUUUAUGUGAUGCACUGUAUCUUUAGCAUUUAAAUUUGAUCUUUAUGUUCUACAAAAUAUGGCAUUUUAUGUAUAGCUUAAUUUUCUUUUUUUUUUUUACUCUGGUCCAUCAAGGAAACAUUUUAAGCACUGGCCAGUUUGUAGAUUCCACUAACUUUUUAAACAUUCCUCACUGUCUAAAAAAAAAAAAAACUUGGACUUCACAAUUGAGGCACGAUAAAAGUAACCCAAUAUAAGUUGAUGUAUCAAGAUUUUGUCUCUUAAGUAUUUUAAAAGCGUUUGUGUUUGUGCUGUCAUAUGAAAUGCUAUGUCAGUUUAAAAGGUAGAUGGCAGCUCAAUAUGAUAUAGACAGUUCAAAACAAUGGAAAACAAUGGAAAUAUAUGUUUUAAUGGACAGUGAGGAUGUAUUUUCAGGGCCUUUAGUAGCACUGUUUCUCCUGAACAUCAUCUUGCAUAAGGGACCUUUUAAUGAAAAAAUGGAAAGUUAUAAAGGGAAUAUAACACAAACAUGAUUUUGUUUUGUGGCCUAAUAAAUAUCUUUAAAAACA